GGCCGGGGGCCGGCGGGGAGGCGGAGUCGCCUCGGCCGCAGCUGCUGCCCUGCUCGGGAUUUGAAAGAUUAUAAAGUCCGGGCCGAGAGGGCGGCGGCGUCGGAUGCGCGUGUGGCGGAAGCGCCGGCGGCAUGAACUACCCGGGCCGCGGCGCCCCACGGAGCCCCGAGCGUAACGGCCGCGGCGGCGGCGCCUGGGAGCUGGGCUCGGACGCGGCGGGCGUGUUCGGCGGCGGCGGCUGCUGCUUCGAGCACCAGCCGGGCGACAGUGUGCCGCUGUCGCUGCUGCGCGCCGAGCCGCUGCACCUGGCACCGGGCGCCGACGACCUGAGCCACCUGGCUCUGGACCCGUGCCUCAGCGACGAGACCUACGACUUCAGCUCGGCCGAGUCCGGCUCGUCGCUGCGCUACUACAGCGAGGGCGAGAGCGCGGGCGGCGGCAGCUCUUCUUCGCCUCCGCCGCCGCUCGUCGCCCAGAACUCGGGGGGCGGCGGGGCGGCGGGAGGGGGCCCCGGGGACAGGAAGCGCGCCCGGCCCGGCGGCGCAGCCGCCCGGCACCGCUACGAGGUAGUGACGGAGCUGGGCCCCGAGGAGGUGCGCUGGUUCUACAAGGAAGACAAGAAGACCUGGAAGCCCUUCAUCGGCUACGACUCUCUGCGCAUCGAGCUCGCCUUCCGGACCCUGCUGCAGACCACGGGAGCCCAGGCCCGGGCGGGGGGCCGCGAUGGAGACCGGGUGUGCGGCCCAAGCUCCAGCUUCGGGGAGGAAGACGAGGACAGCGCCUGCGGCUUCUGCCCGCGCGCGGUGGGGCCUGAGCCGGAGAUGGAGGAGCUGGUGACCAUCGAGCCGGUGUGCGUGCGCGGCGGCCUCUACGAGGUGGAUGUCACUCAAGGAGAGUGCUACCCGGUGUACUGGAACCAAGCUGAUAAAAUACCAGUAAUGCGUGGACAGUGGUUUAUUGAUGGGACGUGGCAACCUCUAGAAGAAGAAGAAAGUAAUUUAAUUGAGCAAGAACAUCUCAGUUGUUUUAGGGGUCAGCAGAUGCAAGAAAAUUUUGAUAUUGAAGUGUCAAAAUCCUUAGAUGGAAAAGACGCUGUUCACAGUUUCAAGCUGAGUCGGAACCAUGUGGACUGGCACAGCAUGGAUGAAGUCUAUCUCUAUAGUGACGCAACAACAUCCAAAAUUGCGAGAACCGUUACCCAAAAACUGGGCUUUUCUAAAGCCUCCAGCAGUGGGACCAGACUGCACAGAGGUUAUGUAGAAGAAGCCACACUGGAAGACAAGCCGUCCCAGACUUCUCAUAUCGUGUUUGUUGUGCACGGCAUUGGACAGAAGAUGGACCAAGGAAGAAUCAUCAAAAACACAGCCAUGAUGAGAGAGGCUGCAAGGAAAAUGGAAGAAAAGCAUUUUUCCAACCAUGCAACACAUGUUGAAUUUCUGCCUGUUGAAUGGCGAUCAAAGCUUACCCUUGAUGGAGACACUGUUGAUUCUAUCACUCCUGACAAAGUGCGAGGCCUGAGGGACAUGCUCAACAGCAGCGCCAUGGACAUCAUGUACUACACCAGCCCGCUCUACAGGGAUGAGCUAGUUAAAGGCCUUCAGCAAGAGCUGAAUCGAUUAUAUUCCCUUUUCUGUUCCCGGAAUCCAGACUUUGAAGAGAAAGGGGGUAAAGUCUCAAUAGUGUCCCAUUCCUUGGGGUGUGUAAUCACUUAUGACAUCAUGAUGGGCUGGAAUCCGGGUGGACUUUAUGAGCAGCUGCUGCAGAAGGAGGAAGAGCUGCCCGACGAUCGGUGGAUGAGCUAUGAAGAGCGGCAUCUUCUUGACGAGCUCUAUAUAACAAAGCGACGGCUGAGGGAAAUAGAAGAUCGGCUGCACGGAUUGAAGGCGCCAUCCAUAUCACAGACACCUGCCUUAAAAUUUAAGGUUGAAAAUUUCUUCUGUAUGGGAUCUCCGCUAGCAGUUUUUUUGGCAUUACGCGGCAUCCGACCAGGAAAUUCUGGAAGUCAAGACCACAUUUUACCUAGAGAGAUCUGUAACCGCUUACUAAAUAUUUUUCAUCCUACGGACCCAGUGGCCUACAGAUUAGAACCGUUGAUUUUGAAACACUACAGCAACAUUUCUCCAGUCCAGAUCCACUGGUACAACACUUCAAACCCUCUACCUUAUGAGCAUAUGAAGCCAAAUUUUCUCAACCCAGCAAAAGAACCUACCUCAGUUUCAGACAGUGAGAACAUAGCAGCUAUCCCAAGCCCUGUGACCUCCCCCGUCUUAUCUCGGCGCCACUAUGGAGAAUCUAUAACUAACAUUGGCAAAGCAAGCAUAUUGGGGGCUGCUAGCAUUGGAAAGGGCCUUGGAGGAAUGUUGUUCUCAAGAUUUGGACGUUCUUCAACAUCACAGCCGUCUGAGCCAUCUAAAGACUCACUGGAAGAUGAUAAGAAGCCUUCAGCUUCACCCUCUACCACCACCGUGGCAACGCAGACCCUGCCGCACAGUGGCUCCGGCUUCCUCGACUCCGCAUAUUUCAGACUUCAAGAAUCGUUCUUUUAUCUCCCACAACUUCUUUUUCCGGAAAAUGUAAUGCAGAGUAAAGAUGAUAGCCUCGUGGAACUGGAGCACAGGAUCGACUUUGAACUCAGAGAAGGCCUCGUGGAGAGCCGCUAUUGGUCAGCCGUCACGUCGCACACUGCCUAUUGGUCAUCCUUGGAUGUCGCUCUUUUUCUUUUAACAUUCAUGUACAAACACGAGCAUGAUAACGAGGCAAAGCCCAGCCUAGAUUCACUCUGAACUCUUGAAGGACAUGAAUGCCCAAAACUUUUCUGUUAAAAAAUGUGUCAAGAUACAGAGAUUUCAAGGUUCCAGUUUUGUUAAGGGCAAGAACUAUUUUAAUUUAAAAGCACUUUAUUUUAUUUUUUAAAAGAGAAAAAAACCACAUGUUCGUUCUAAAGGAGUUAUGUAUGUUUCUGUCGUUUUGAUUCUGUCUGGCAGAGCCCUGCAAAGAAUCACCAGAGUAGAAGUGUGGUGGGCUUAGGAGAACUGCAUGAAGGCAACCAUCACGUGAUAGUCCAGGUCUCCUGAGGAGCCUAAUGUAGCGUAUUAACCAAAAGGUAUCACAGCACUAACAUGCCCUAAGUCCAGUACACUCUGCAUAGACUACAAGGUGGCAUCAUGGGGUCUUGAUUCUGUGAAGACUUCCGUGUCCGCAGUUCCUUUGAAAGAAGAGUAUAACAAAUUUUAAAUGUUCUAAAUUUAACUUGUUUUUAAAAACUAAUGCUAAAAAGCAAUAUUUGAACUACUGCACUUAUAAUUUAUAAUCCCUACUUAUUUCAGCAUAUGAAACAUUUUUAAUGUUUCUUUUAAGCCACACUUAUUUUGUAUCAUGUUGAGGCCCCUUUUUCUCAAAACUCCAUCUUUGUAAAUGAGUAGAUGAUCCUGUGAUAUACUUUCAGGGUUUUUUUUGUUUUGAUUUGGUUUUUUGUUUUUGUUUUUUUGUUGUUUUAUUUUUGUUUUCUUUUUUUUUUCAUUAAAAACAUGGUUUCACACAGCACUAGUUCAAUUAUUUUUUUAAUUUUUUUAUUAUGUCACAUAUACUUCAGAGAAAGUUAAAUGUUUUCAGCACAGAGACUCCACAUUUGUAUGUAUUGCAUUAGCUGUAUUAGAAAAUUAAGAAACAGCUUUGGGCUAGAGAAUAUGAUAACUUGAAAUAUAUAACUGUCUGUGUGCCAAACAGCUAACACAUGUGUGGGAGCAGGAUGCCGCUAGCAUUUACUGUGUAUAGUGCUAACCAGAGCAUGGUGACUCGGACACAGAAAAUGGAUGGACGCUGAGGUACUGGGGGGGGUCUGGGCUGUAGAUAUUUUCCACCAUGCUUUUCAUCUGUGAUGUGCAUCCAGCAAUCCGUGUAUAUGCUUCCUGAGGUAAGUGUGCACGUUACCAUGUGUUACCAUGUCACAUGUUCAUACACUGAGGCACCAGUUUCUCAAGUGCCUUGCAUUAGAUCACACAGCAAAUGGAGAGAGUGUGGCUUAAAGCCAGACCAUAUUCUUUCCUGUGCUGUUUAAUGGUGUCACUCACCAAUGACCUUGAGAAGCCUGCAGAUGUUAGUAGGUUAGAAGAUGGCCAUAAAGCCCAGUGUUACCUAGCAGAUACAGUCAAGAUUCUUAUACUCAGAAGAGGAGUUAACAUCAAAGGAACAGUAGCCAAUCCUGCUGUAGCCAACACUCGCAUCUGGUGGCUCUCCCUAGGUUCACUCAAGGUGCUGUCUUUCUUGUGUGUGAGGAACUUGGUAGCUUCUGGCGGUCACUGUCAGCUGGGAGCAGAGCUGGUCAGCCCACGUGUCCCUUGCUCUUUUCUCUGUAGGGUGGCAGAGCCUGUGACUUUUUUGUGGGUGUUACUCCUUGUCCUCGCUGUUGCCUGCUCCUCAGCCGUCAUUGAAUUUGUGCAAUAGACAGCACUUCUUUCUAGGGCUUAAGAAAUCCAAGGCUGUGUGGCUCACUGAAAACCUUUGUUCUACAGCUGAAUCUUAGCCAUGCUAAAGCAUCCUCUUUGAGUUUAGAGGUUCCUGUCAACUCAGGUCAGCUUCAGGGCCUAUUUAUUAGCAGGUCUCAUCUAACUCUCAGGAAAAUUAAGCCCGUGUCAUAUGGCUGUCAUUAAAGGUAGUUGAGAAUAUGUUGUUGAAUAUCAACUGAAAGGAGAAGUUUGCCCUGCAAGCAAAGGAGUGUGCCCACUUUCUUUCCUCACACCGCAAAGUCGGAUUUCACUGCUUGCGUUUUUGUCGGCUCUUGGGAAGAGCAGCGUUCAAACCACUCUGUCAAUGAGAAGCAGAUGUUCUGCACCUCUGGACAGCUGCUUUCAGUUCAUGUUCUCAUCAAUACCAGUGGCAGUUUUGGUCAUAGAGCUCUUGUCUCCCCGUCUCUGCAUGUAAUCAUGGGAUGUGCUUGUAUACACUAAAGUAAUAUACAGAGUAUGUGUAAUUUUGAUGAUUUAGAAGCUAAGUCAGUUACCAAGUAACAGUUGGCGAUUUUAUUCCAGCAAGUACUGAAUCGACCCCCAAAAGUCCUGAUUUUGAUACUAUUAAAAUUCUAUCCUCUCCCUGUGUUCAUGCUGAGUCUCUUGAGUACUGAUCACACAAACUUUAACCCAGUUAGGUUGGAUAAAGAGACUAUUUGGAGCUAAGUCUUAGUAUUCCUUUAACAUUGGCCUUUCUGAAGCUUUUUACUCCUAACUUUUUCAGCAGUGAUUGCCCUUUUUGGUACACUUUUCUCAUAAUCCAGUAUAACUAUUAUAGGACAUAAUUACAAAAUAAUACUGACUUUCUAAGCCUUGAGAAUCUUAGUCUUUAUGCCAGAAAGUUAGCUUUUGUGCUUACUGCAAAGAUCUCAGACCCAAAAACUCUCAUCAGCCUCUUUCUCCGCGCUGUGGUCUCCCUUACUUGUAAAGCAUUUACCACCAUUACCACCACUAGCAAAUGGGGCAUGGUGCUAUGCACCUGUAAUGCCAGCACAUGGGAAGCCAAGGUGG